AAAACGGUGCGUAGCAUCAUUUCACCCCAUUCUCAAGUCAGUCCCGUGGCUGGCAUUCACUCCUCGUCACUAACAGAAAACGAACAUCCCAAAGUCCUCAUAACAGGGGGGCUGGGCCAGCUGGGGGUGGGGCUUGCCAAGAUGCUGCGGAGACGAUUUGGGGACAACAAUGUGAUUCUGUCAGACAUCAGAAUGCCGCCUAACGAGGUCUACCACAGUGGGCCGUUUAUCUACUCUGACAUCCUGGACUGUAAGAACCUGAGGGAGAUUGUGGUUAACAACAACAUCAGCUGGUUGGUCCACUACUCUGCUGUGCUGUCUGCUGUGGGAGAGGACAACGUAAGCCUGGCUAGACAGGUCAACAUCACAGGUUUCCAUAACAUAUUAGACAUAUCAGCAGAACAUGGUCUUCGUGUGUUUGUCCCCAGCACUAUCGGAGCCUUCGGGCCCUCCUCACCCAGGGACCCCACCCCUGAGCUGUGUGUGCAGAGACCUCGCACCAUCUAUGGUGUCUCCAAAGUCCACGCUGAGCUGAUGGGAGAGUACUACCACCACAGGUAUGGGCUAGACUUCCGUUGUCUCAGAUACCCAGGGAUCAUCUCUGCUGACUCCCAGCCUGGUGGAGGCACUACGGAUUACGCUGUCCAGAUAUUCCACGCGGCGGUGAAGAGCGGCAGGUUUGAGUGUAACCUGCGCAGCGACACUAGGCUGCCCAUGAUGUACAUCGACGACUGCCUGAGGGCCACGCUGGAGGUCCUGGAGGCCCCUGCCGAGGCCUUGUGCUCUCGCACCUACAACAUCAACGCCAUGAGCUUCACUCCCCACGAGCUGGCUGAGGAGAUGAAGAAGGUGCUGCCCGAGUUGAGGGUCACAUACAACGUGGACCCUGUCAGACAGGCUAUAGCGGACAGCUGGCCAAUGGCGUUUGACGACAGCGCGGCACGGCGGGACUGGGGUUGGAAGCACGAAUACGACCUUCCGGAACUCGUCCAGACGAUGCUCACUCACAUCACCCCUGGUAACCGGCUGGUACGCGCCUACUAAGACCGGUCCAGGUCUCACUCCCGGACCUUAAACAGACUUACUGGUUGUUGCCGCAGAUAUAGAGUAAAGUGUGUUUCAACCCAAAGGGUCACAAGACCAACAAUUGAACCAAAUCUCUUUCUAAAAGAAACAUAAGCUACUUUGUUACGGUGAAUUAGCUUGCAUAACCUAACCCACGGGCUUGGUUUCUGAAUAUGUUAGAAUUGAUGAAUAUUUCUGUUUCUAGAUUUGCAAGCAUUCGUUUUUUAGACACUCCUGCCAAUGCGUCACGUCAGAUACCUAGCAGCUGGCUGGCGUUCCUGGCGAUUUCUGCUCGCCUUUUCAGUCAUUUUACAGUCAUCCAGCUAGUCCUGUACAGUUGUACUCACAACUCCCACGAACCAUAAGGAUGCUGUUU